GACUCGCGGGUGCUUCUGGGAGUUGUAGUUCCUAAGAGCGAUGCGGCCUGCGAGCCUCGCUUGCGCUCUGACCCGCGCAUGCGCGACUGCGAGCUGGGCCGAGAAGUUCGCAGCCUUUGUGGGCCGGGGAGGGGCGGGGAGUUAGUGCGGGGCGAUCGGGGGAGCGGCUCGUGCGGGAGGGCGCCGCGGGAAAGGAGCCUGGCGGGGAGACCCUGAGCCCCCGCAUCUACCCCGGACCCGGCGUGGGAGGGGGGGCGAUGCCGGGACGCCUCGGUUUCCAGGUUACCGCGCACAGGCGGAGCCUGAGUCCCCGGGAUGCAGGGGGGCGGGGGUUGGGGGGGAGCCCUGAGACCCCCCAGGAGGUGCUGGCCAUGGACACAGACUGGGCCGAGAGGUCCGAGGAGACAGAUUUGUCUUCCCAGGAUCCUCCCUUUGCCCAAGAGAAGAGCAUAAAAGGUGGAGAGACUGCAGCUCUGUGCCUCACAGCCAAAUCCCAAGCAUCACUGACUUUCAAGGAUGUGGCCAUGGACUUUACCCCGGAGGAGUGGGGGAAGCUGGAUCCAGCUCAAAGGGAUGUAAUGCUGAAGAAUUAUAAGAACCUGGUCUCAUUUUGGCUUCCAGUUUCCAAAGCCAAAAACUGCAGUUUGGAGAAGGAAAAAGAACCAUUGAUGCUUGAGAGAAAGAAAACCCAAAACAGCUGUUCAGGCUUGGAGACUAAACCUGAGAGUAAAGAUUCAACUUCAGUGCAAAAUUUUUCCAAAGAAGAAUCAUGUCAAAUUGCAAUAAUGGAGAGACUGACAAGGAAUACUGUCUAUAACUCCAGUUUGGAAACAACUCUUGAAUGUGAAAAUUGGCUAAAGCAUCAGCAAGGAUGUCAGGAGAGACAUUUAAAAGAUAUGUUCACUCAUGUAAAUUCACUUUCAGUAGAAAGAACUUGUAAACAUGAUAUAUAUUGGAAAUCCUUUAAUCAGAAUUCUGUCCUUACUGAAGACAGAGUUUUGAAAGGGUCCUAUACUUUCCAUGCACAUGAAAAAAAAUUGAAACCAAAAGCAAAUUUAGUGAAAAAGAAGAGAACCUAUAAGGAGAAAAAGCCUCAUAAAUGUAAUGAUUGUGGUGAACUUUUCACUUACCAGUCAAUACUUAUUCGACACCAGAGAGUUCACACUGGAGAGAAGCCCUAUAGCUGUGAUGAUUGUGGGAAAUCUUUCAGUCACAGAGCUAAUUUAACUAAACACCAGAGAACUCAUAGUAGAAUUCUUUUUGAGUGUAGUGAGUGUAAGAAAGCAUUCACAGAAAGUGAAUCCCUUGCAAUACAUCAAAGAAUUCACAUUGGAGAGAGACCUUAUGAAUGCAAUGAAUGUGGGAAAGGUUUUAAUCGAAGUACACAUCUUGUGCAGCAUCAGCUGAUUCAUACUGGAGUGAAACCAUAUGAAUGUAAUGAAUGUGAUAAAGCUUUCAUUCAUUCAUCAGCACUCAUUAAACAUCAAAGAACUCAUACUGGAGAGAAGCCCUAUAAAUGCCAGGAGUGUGGAAAAUCCUUUAGCCACUGUUCAUCACUUACUAAACAUCAAAGAGUUCAUACUGGAGAAAAGCCAUAUGAAUGCAGUGAAUGUGGAAAAACCUUUAGUCAGAGUACACAUCUUGUUCAGCAUCAAAGAAUCCAUACUGGAGAGAAACCCUACAGAUGCAAUGAAUGUGGGAAAACCUUCAGCCGAAGCUCAAAUUUUGCAAAACAUCAAAGAAUCCAUAUUGGAAAGAAACCAUACAAAUGUAGUGAAUGUGGAAAAGCCUUCAUUCACUCAUCAGCACUUAUUCAACACCAGAGAAUUCAUACUGGAGAGAAACCCUAUAAAUGUAAUGCAUGUGGAAAAAGCUUUAAGUGCAGUUCAUCCCUCAUCAGACAUCAAAGAAUUCACACUGAAGAGCAAUCCUGAAAAUUUAGUGAAUGUUAAGAAAUAUAAAUUGGUUUUAUCUCUAUUAAGCAUCAGGUGUUUAGCUAGAAUUAUAAAAUGCUGCUUAUGGGCCAAUUCUGUAUGAAUCUGGUGUUAUAUAGUAUAAUGCAUAAUUUAAACCAUAAUCCAUUGGUAUGUUAAUAACAAAAACUUCUGAGUUCCUAACACCUAAGAUUUUGAUCCCCAACACUCUCAUGUACAUUUAUUUUGUGGAAAUUCAAUGAAUCCUUGGGAGUAUGAUGCCAAUGUGAUAAUUAUGAGAUUCAGUAUGUGUGUCCUCUCCCAGCCCCCAUGCCGUAUUUCAUAUCAAAGUCCUAUUAUAAUUUAUUCCAUUCUUAGAAAAUUCUUAUGGGAGUCGGGCUGUAGUGCAGCAGGUUAAGCGCAGGUGGCGCAAAGCACAAGGACUGGCAUAAGGAUCCCGGUUCAAACCCCGGCUCCCCACCUGCAGGGGAGUCACUUCACAGGUGGUGAAGCAGGUCUGCAGGUGUCUAUCUUUCUCUCCUCCUCUCUGUCUUCCCCUCCUCCAUUUCUCUCUGUCCUAUCCAACAACGACAACAAUAAUAAUAACUACAACAAUAAAAAAAAAUUCUUAUUUGGUAGGUUAGACAGACUUUUUAUCCUCAUUAGAAGAUACAUUAUUCCUCUUUGUAUCUAAAAUUGAUGUUCAGAAAGUAUCAUUUCUACAUGGAAAAAGAGAAAAUUAACUGAAUAGGACACAUCUUACAAUAUAUGUGACCCAAAUUCAACUUAAGCACCAUAUAAGAGGUGCUAUAAUAUUGGAAAUCUCUGGUGUUAUGAUGUCUAUCCCUCUUUCUCCUUGAAAAAGAAGACUGGGAGCUGUAAAUCAUGCAUGUGUGCGGCCCCAACUUCACAAAUUAAAAAAGGGACAAUUUUCCAGAAGGUGUCAUUUCUUUUAUAUUAGCUACAAAAAGACUAAGAACUGAAAUAUUCUUGAAUUCCUUGACUUUCUCCAAAUGUUAUUUAUGAUUAUAUAAACAAAACUAGAAUUUGUUCACAAAAGAAAUAAUAUAACCCUAUAGAUUGUGCUGGUCCUUGAGAUCAAUAGUAUUCCUCUGCUAUAUAAAAGUUAAUUUUUACUUGUGGGAAUUAUCCUUAAAAUAGAGAAUAUGUCAAAGUCCUAA